GCUACCGGUAUCAAACUAUUUUUUUGCAACAAAAAACCACGUCAAUGUCUUUUGGUCCCUUCAUUUAGUUUUCUUGUCAAUUUAUCUGCAUGUCAUGUCUAUUUUGACUAUAAUCCCAGAAAUUUACUGUUUAAAUGUUGUGGUUUCUUUGGACCUGAUUUAAACAUGUGCGGUUAGGCAACCAACCCUAAAAAUUGUUCACCGAAUCAAAAGCAGAAAAUCAAGUCAACAACAUGAGUUCCAAAUUCAACGUCAAUCGGAGACUUUUAGCCAUCCAAGCCAAGACAAAACGUUACAAAAAGCAACAAAACCGCGACAAAGAGCACACUCAACACAAGAGGUACGACAGUGUCGGCAAUAAGGACAAGAACGUACCUUACGAGAGCUCCAGCGAGUCUUCUUACUCCGAUGAGGAGUGCAGUGACACUGAAACCGAAGACGAAGAUGGCGAGCAGGAGGAAAGCACGGACUACUGCGUCGGCGGCUAUCACCCCGUAAAAAUCGGCGAUGUUUUCCUCAAUCGUUACCACGUCACCAGAAAACUGGGCUGGGGUCAUUUCUCCACGGUGUGGUUGACGUGGGACUUGCUGGAAAAAAAAUUUACAGCCCUGAAAAUCGUGAAAUCCGCCAGCCAUUUUGCCGAGGCGGCUGUGGACGAGAUAAAAAUUCUUAAGGAGGUCAGAGAGACAGAUCUGAACGACCCGAAGAGAAAUAAGACAGUGCAGUUGUUGAAUGAUUUUAAGAUAAGUGGUGUCAAUGGUCUACAUAUUUGUAUGAUUUUUGAAGUAUUGGGGAGCAACUUACUUAAGCUAAUAAUAAAGUCAAAAUAUAAGGGCAUACCAUUGAAUAACGUGAAGUGUAUAAUACGUCAGGUUCUAGAAGGUUUGCAGUAUUUACACGAUAAAUGCCAUAUAAUUCACACUGACAUAAAGCCAGAAAAUAUUCUUCUAUGCGUAACUGAAGAAGCCGUGAUGAAGAUGGCAUGUGAAGCUGCCCAAAUGCAGCUGAACACGGGAAUGAAGCUGCCAAAUUCCCUGGUGAGCGCCGCACCACAGCACGAAGAAAAAAUGAGUAAGAACAAGCGAAAGAAAUUGAAGAAGAAAUAUAGAAAGCAUAUACAGCUGAUUCAGUCGGAGCUACAGCACUUACAUAGCAUUGUUAACUUGAAAAAAACGUCUUGUAUUGAUUUAACAGGUACUUCUGUGUCUUCAGCACCUUUACAAAGCAAAAUGGAAACCAUAGACCUCACAGGCGACACUGAUAUGUCUGAUGGAGAGUCAAACGCAGCUUCAACAUUGUUUUCCGGGAAGGCAGGUGCGGGUGAAGCUUCUGAUUUUGUGAUGGGCGACCAAUCGCAAAAUACAGCGGAUUUUCAAAGUAUUUGUACCAAAAUGGCGGCGUCAAACAACGAUUUGCUCAACCCAGCUUUGGAUGUUUGCAGUGUGGACAUUAAAAUAGCUGAUCUGGGGAAUGCGUGCUACGUCAAUAGGCAUUUUUCGGAGGAGAUACAGACGAGGCAGUACAGAUCUUUGGAGGUUUUGAUGGGGGGUGAAUACAAUACCACGGCUGAUAUUUGGAGUACAGCCUGUAUGGCUUUUGAGCUAGCAACGGGUGAUUACUUAUUUGAGCCUCAUUCAAGUGAACACUACAGUAGAGAUGAAGAUCAUCUAGCUCACAUCAUAGAGCUGUUGGGGGAAAUCCCGGCUGAAAUUGUGAGAAGCGGAAAAUUCUCGCACUUGUUCUUCGACUCAAACAACAAAUUGAAGCACAUCUACGGCAUUAAAAGGUGGAGAUUGGAGAACGUCCUCCACGAGAAGUAUUCGUGGAAAAAAUCCGAUGCCGUGGAGUUCGCGAGUUUUCUAAUCCCGAUGUUAAACUUUGAUCCCAACAGGAGAGCAUCGGCUGCUGAGUGCUUGAAACACCCGUGGUUUCAAACGCCCAAUAAAUAAGUUCGUGAACAAAAAUGUGGGAGUAAAUUCUAAAUAAAGUUUUAUGUUUUAUACGAGGGCGGUUUUAAU